CUCAGAGACAUGCUUAUUUAUUGAUAAUUUUCUGUCUUCUUUUAUUUGAUUUUUACUAUUAUCUUUUUACAGAAGAAGUUUCUGUUCUUUUAAUGAUUAAAUCUUUAUCCGUGACGGAAAUUCUUAAGCUUCAGAUGUUGAUAAUUAGUUUUUAUAUUUAUUGUACUUGAAUUGACCAGUUUUUUAUCUGUUACUUAUAAAUCAGAUGGUCUUGUUCUUAAAUUAAAUGCAAAUCAAAGGGUCAUUUCUUUUUCUAAUUUUUUGUUCGGUAAAUUCAAACCUUGUCUCUGCUGCAAAUGAUCAGACGAGGUUUGACGGGGCAGAGAUUUUAUCUAAACUACAGUUUGGUUGGCGUAAAGAGGUGGUCGGAUGAGUUGUUUUACCAUCUGUUGCAGUCGUGAUGCUUCUUCACCAACUAGGCAAAGAGUAAAUAUUGAUGCAGAAAUUUCAGGUAUUGAAAAUGCUAAGUUGUACAGUUACAAAGAGUUAAAACUUGCAACUGAUAAUUUCAAUCUGUCAAAUAAAAUUGGGGAAGGAGGCUUUGGUUCCGUCUAUAAGGGUAGGCUAAACGAUGGUAGCUUGGCUGCCAUUAAGGUUCUUUCUGCUGAGUCGCAGCAGGGUGUGCGGGAAUUCUUGACAGAGAUAGUGGUGAUAUCAGGCAUCGAACAUGAAAACCUCGUGAAAUUGUAUGGUUGCUGCGCAGAAGGGGACCAUCGAGUAUUGGUGUAUGGCUAUCUAGAGAAUAAUAGCCUCUCUAAAACUCUUCUCGGUGGUCGCUACAGCGGCAUUCAAUUUAGCUGGAAAAUACGGACUAAAAUCUGCAUAGGGGUUGCAAGAGGGAUCAUGUUCCUCCAUGAGGAAAUCCAGCCUCACAUUGUUCACAGAGAUAUAAAAGCAAGUAAUAUUCUCCUUGAUAAGGAUCUUAAUCCGAAAAUCUCUGAUUUUGGUCUUGCAAAGCUUUUUCCAGAUAAUCAAACUCAUAUUAGCACACGUGUUGCAGGAACUAUAGGUUAUAUGGCCCCUGAAUACGCAAGUCGAGGCCAGUUGACUCGGAAAGCAGAUAUAUAUAGUUUUGGUGUUCUCCUCAUGGAAAUUGUCGGUGGAAGAUUCAACACAAACAAGCGAUUGCCUGCUGAAGAUAAACAUAUUCUUAGAAGGGCAUGGCGACUAUAUGAGCAAGGGGAUCUGGUUCACUUGGUGGACACGGCACUUGAAGGGGAUUUUGAUGUUGAUGAGGCUCGCAAAUAUCUGAAGAUUGGUCUUUUAUGCGCACAAGAGAAGCCAAACAACAGGCCAUCAAUGUCUAUUGUGGUGAGAAUGCUGACAGGAGAGAUGGAUGUGGAUGAAAAAACUAUAUCAAGACCAGGGCUGAUGCCGCAGUUUGCGCCUAUGGAGAGUUCUCAGAGUAAUAUAUCAUAUACUUGUUCGCCUGGCUCAGGAAAGCAAGAUAAUUCAUCGGGAAAGCAAGAUAUGUUAUCGUCGUCCCAGAACACAACUAUGACAUAUGCCACUAUGUCUUACACUUCGAUAUAUGAUAGGAGUGAUUGAAUUGCUAGCGUUUUGAGGAUUACACGAAAGGGCAAUUUGUUUUCUUUUUGAUCCCCUAGUUGUACAUUUAUCAUUUUAAGGCUUGUGAAAACUUGAUGAAAAGUGUAUUGAGAUAGAAAUACGAAGAAGAAUAGAGAAUUUCAAGUGAAAGUUGAUGGUUGAAAGUUGGCAAUCGAGUACUUGUAUUGAAUCUUACAAUAACAAUUUUGAUCGUCUUGUGCACUUA